AUGACACCUAUGCAGUCUUCAGACCUCUCCAUCCCCUCCUUCGUCCUCGGCGCGUUGACGGCCGGCGGCGGCAUUGCCGGCUACGCCCGGACUCGCUCCGUCCCUUCCAUUGUCGCUGGAGUCAGCGUCGGUCUCCUCUACGGCCUCGGUGGCUACCGCAUCCAGAACCGCGAGCCCUAUGGCGUCGAGCUCAGUCUUCUUGCUUCCGUCGUCCUCGGCGGCUCCGCCAUCCCGCGCGCCCUCCGCCUCCGCAAGCCUGUGCCCAUCCUGCUGAGUGUCCUGUCCGCCUUUGGUCUGUUCACCUUUGGCAACGAGUUCCGCCGCAGCUUGUAA